GAAAUAGCACUACACCACCAGGCAAAAUCAUAAAAAAAACAAACAAACAAACAGAGAUCAGAAAAUAGAAGAAAAACCCUAAUUUGAGCAGCUUGGUUCCCAGAAGCAGCAGAGAGAAGGGGGUAUAAUGGGAAAGAAGAAGAAGAAAGUAGCGUCAAAAGUUUGGUGUUAUUAUUGCGAUCGGGAAUUUGACGACGAGAAAAUAUUAGUACAGCACCAAAAAGCAAAGCACUUCAAGUGCCAUGUCUGUCACAAGAAGCUUUCGACUGCCGGUGGUAUGGCUAUUCACGUCCUCCAGGUUCAUAAAGAGAGCGUCACCAAGGUUCCGAAUGCGAAACCAGGAAGGGAAUCAACUGAUAUUGAAAUUUAUGGAAUGCAAGGUAUUCCACCUGAUGUAUUGGCUUCCCAUUAUGGAGAUGAAGCAGAAGAUGAUAACCCCUCAAAAGUUCCCAAAGUGGAUUUUUCAUCUACUCCACUUGGUGGUAUAAUGCCAGGAACAUUGGGUGUUCGAUAUCCUCCACAUACUUUGGGCGCCAUGCAACCGAUCUAUGGUUCUUCUGUGCCACUUCCUCCUGCGGGCUGGCCAGUUCCUCCGAGGCCACCAUGGUUUACACAGUCUUCUGCUGUUCCAAUCCCACCUGGACCUGGAGGAUUUGGGCAGCAGCCAUUGUUUCCAGUGCAAAAUGCAAGGCCGCCUCUGCCUUCAGCUCCAUCAGCUGCUCUCCAACUUUCAGUAGUUACUCCUCCAGGAUUGCCGUCAUCGACACCGCCUAUUCCUGUAUCACAGCCGUUAUUUCCAGUCAUAAGCAAUAACCUGCCUCAAGGUUCACCAUUUUCUUCUCAUUUACCUUCAACUAAUAUUUCAUCGAGCAUCCCUGCAGAAUUUAAAGGUUCUCUGGAUGUGCUUUCAGGUGCUAACAAUUCUCUGAUACCUGGUUACUGUACUUCGAGUAUUUUAGGUGGGACAUUAGCCAAUUCACAUUCUUAUGCCUCUGGUCCAAAUACAAGUGGUCCUUCUAUUGGACCACCUCCUGUAAUAGCAAACAAGGCUCCUGUGACCCAGCCAGCUGUUAACGAGGUCUAUUUAGUCUGGGAUGACGAAGCCAUGUCUAUGGAGGAGAGAAGAAUGUCCUUAGCAAAGUAUCAGGUGCAUGAUGAAACUAGCCAGGUAAGUUAUGACUAUCUCUUAGAUAUUUGGAGUUGCGUUUGCAUAUCUAACCAGAUGAGUAGAUUUAUGCUUUCACGUUUUCAGAUACAGUUGUUUACUCAUGUUACCUGUUUAGAGAGGUAUUUUCUGUAUGAAUUUUUCAUUUAUCUAUUUCUUUUCAUCCAAAACCCCACAGCUAGUGAAAGAUAUGUUCCCCUAAGUAUUUGAUGGAAGUCCAUCUUAUCAGUUGAUGGCAUGCUCGUCUUUUUCUUCUUUUACUUUUUUACCCUGCAUAAAAGGCACCUAAUUUGUGGUUGAAGAUUGAAGUAGGUAAUUGUGUUAUUUAUGCUGCUAGUUAGUAAUACAUAUUUGAGAAGCUUUGCUGGAAUCAACUCAGAGGAUUUCUCCAUCCUAGCAUCCUUCUCAGUUAAGGAGUGUAUGUAUUUACUGAUAAAAUUUGAAUUAAUUUAUUAUAUACCUGCCCUAUGCUUUGAUUCCGAAGUGUGGGUGUUUGGGUGGAACAAGAUGAUACCCAACAGAUUUUUGCUCAUUACAAUUUAUUUUUAUCAUCGAAUCGUGAAUUCAGACUUGGCCCAGGUCAGCUUCUUUAAAGUUCGGUAUCUUUUGCGUAGAACCAAGCUUCCAUAUAUCUGGUUGUUGACUAGUUUGCGGUCACAAUGCGAUUUUUUGAUGGUCUCCGUUGUCUUUAUGUUUCAGAUGAGUUCAAUUGAUGCGGCCAUUGACAGAAGGAUAUUGGAAAGCAGGCUUGCUGGUCGAAUGGCAUUUUAGAUCAAACAAUGGCCAUGAAUUCAAUACUAGAUACUGCCUAUUACUCGAGCUGCAAUGCAUCCUCUCUGUCAUUGUUGUUUAACAAGAAAGCAAGGUAGACAAAAUGCAUUGUUGUUUAACAAGAAGGCGAGGUGGAUGAAGCCAUUGUUUAUCAAAAAAGUGCGGCCAAUGAAGCCAUUGUGUAACGAGAAAGUGAGGUAGACAAAGCUAUUCUUUAAACAUGGAACAAACUUCACGACCAGUGCAAAUCAGUUCUGCAUGUGAUUGUUUUCUUUUUUUCUUUUAGUUAUUUAUCACAAGCCUGUUAGUAUAUAGAUUUUUUCCUUGAGAAGCAGAUGCUUAAUUUACUGACCUCUUUUCCUUAGGUGAUUUUGAAACUUAAUGUUGUAAUGGUAUGUAUUUUUAAGUAUAUUUUUUCUUAAGUCAAAACAUGCAUUUUGACAGAAUAA